AUGUCUCUUAGUGAAUCUUUUCAAGUGGCGGCUAUUAUUGAAAAAUUACCAUUGACCUGGAGGGAUUUCAAAAACUAUUUAAAACAUAAACGCAAAGAGAUGUCACUAGAGGAUUUGAUUGUUCGCUUGCAGAUUGAAGAGGAUAAUCGUGGUUCUGAAAAUAAAAAUGGACAUCAUCUCAUGGAAUCUAGGGAAAAUAUUGUGGAACAUAAGCCAAAGUCAACAAUAAGAAAAAGAAACAUCCCGAAGAGAGCUCCAAGCAAGGUGUUAAAAGUGGAGACAGCCAGAAUUUUAAUGGCAAGUGCAGUCAUCGUGUUUGAAGUCAAUUUAGUAGACAACCCCAAAGCAUGGUGGGUGGACACAAGCGCCACUGACCACAUUUGUUUCAAGAAAAAGAUGUUCUUAUCAUAUCAUGCGGCAGAAGAUGGAGAACAACUUUACAUGGGGAAUUCUUCGACUUCCAAAGUUGAGGGACAAGGGAAUGUGGUGCUAAUGAUGUCAAGCAAAGAACUCACUCUCAAAGAUAUGCUGUAUAUACCAGAUAUUCGAAAGGACUUGGUUUUUGGAUCGUUGCUGAGCAAGAAUGGGUUUAAAUUAGUGUUUUAG